AUUUUAAGAGGCGAUUUGCCAUGUCGGACUACUUCGAGGAACUGGGUCAUGAACCCACUGGACCGGAGGGAGCCAAUGAUUUGGCCAGAAACUUUCGACGUCUCCAGGUGUUGGCUAUAAUGAAUGGCAUCGACAUGGAGAUCGAGGUGCCGGAGGCCUCCAAGCGGGCGAUUGCCGAGCUACCGAUCCACGAAAUUCUCGAGUCGGAAGUGGGCGGCGAUUUGGAGUGCUCUGUUUGCAAGGAGCCUGCUCAAGAGGGAGAGAAGUACAAGAUCCUUCCCUGUAAGCACGAGUUCCACGAGGAGUGCAUCCUGCUCUGGCUGAAGAAGACCAAUUCUUGUCCCCUGUGCCGUUAUGAAUUGGAAACCGAUGAUCCUGUGUACGAGGAGCUUCGGAGGUUUAAACAGGAUGAGCAUAACCGAAGGGAACGCGAAAACACCAUUAUGGAUUCCAUGUUCGGAUAAAUCGAGGAUUUGUUUGAAGCAUUUAUAAAAACCAUUGUUGUAAAACGGUUUUGGGUAAAAUCUUUAGUUUGUGAUGAAAUAAAAGGAGUAUUUG